UCGAAGAAGGACUGGGAGUCAGAGAAAAGAAAGAAGUCCGACCCGACACAAAACAUUACGCACACUGAUAGCGGUAGCUAGUGGUAUUAGCAAAUUCAUUCAUGGACAUAAAAUAAAUACAUGAGAGCAAAAACGCUUGUUCGCGGAAUUUAAUCCCGUUGAGAGCGGGUCAUGCUGUUCUCGCAAAGGUAAUGAGCCGUAAAGCACUUGGGUCUCGGCUUAGCAGCGCCCACAAACUGCAGCGAAACUGGAAUGAUUGGCAGCCCAGAGGCGAUAGUGUGUCAGCUUCUAGCCAGGACGGUGUGAAUUGCAUCGCCCCCAGAGACCUGGGCCCAGCGGCAGGGUACGACCCCCCAGCAGCGUUAGCAGCCUCAGACCAGCCUUGCUCCCCACCUCACCUGCACAAUGAUGCCUUCCCAGCCUCCGCAGACACACUGGACGAAGGGGGUGGAUAUGGAACAACAGGAGGGUUCUGUGAUGAUACUUUUGGUUGGAAGUCGUUGGGGCAAGAGUUGAGGAUCAACGAUGCGACCGCCGAUUUGACCCCUUUUCAGCAGCAUGGGAAUCGUGCUUUAGCUUCUAAGGACAUGAGGAAAUCGCAGGACAGAAGCAUGGCUCACUCCGAGGAGUCGCGGCUGUCCAACCUCCUGCGCCGCGUGUCCCGUGAGGAUGACCGGGACCGCCGGCUGGCCACCGUCAGACAGCUCCGGGAGUUCAUCACCCACUCGGACAGCAAAGUGGCCCUGGUGAAACAGUUGGAUUCCAUCCUCAGUACCCUGAAUGAUAUUUUGAAUGAGAGCAGUAAGAUGCUGUCCGAGCUGCGUCAGGAGGCAGCCAUGUGCCUGGGCAUGCUUUGCACCUCCCUGAGCUACGAGGCCGAGCGCGUCUUUAAGUGGAUGUUUGUCAAGUUCAGCUCCAGCAGCAGGGAGGAGGUGAAGCUGCUGUACCUGGUGGCAGCGUACCGUGCCCUGGAGAUGGCGGGCGAGAGGAAGUCCUUCGCCCCGGUCAUGCAGUUGGUGAUGAGUAGCCUGCAGUCGAUCCUGGAGAACCUGGACACUCCGGAGCUGCUGUGUCACAGCGUCCGCUGUAUCCUGCAGGUGGCCCGAGGCUACCCACACGUCUUCAGCACCAACUUCAGAGACACAGUAGAUAUCCUGGUGGGCUGGCAUAUUGACCAUACACAGAAACAGUCACUAACUCAACAGGUGUCGGGCUGGUUGCAGAGCCUGGAACAGUUCUGGGUAGCAGACCUGACCUUCUCCACCACUCUGCUGGGUCAGUUUCUAGAAGACAUGGAGGCCUACGCUGAGGACCUGGGUCACGUGGCCUCAGGGGAGGCGCUAGACGAGGACAUCCCCCCGCCCACGGUGUCCCUGCCCAAACUGGCUGCGCUGCUCCGUGUGUUCAGCACCGUGGUGCGCUGCAUCGGCCAGCGGUUCAGCCCGAGCAGAGGACCGCCCAUCACCCAGGCCUACGUUACCGAUGUACUGAACCGGGUUCUGGCGUGCGUGUCGACGGCCAAACGGGUGUUGUUCUCCGAGCCGGUGCUGACGGCGGGGAACGAGUGUGUGUGUGUCCUCCUGGUGAGCCUGGAGCCGUCGGCACAGCUGACCGACGCCGUCGUCGCCUACGGCUUGGACCAACUGGACGCUUGCCGGGCCUGCGGCUCCGAGUACAGCCUGGCCGUCCUCAACCUCACCACGCUGAUAGUGGACCAGAUCAACACGAAGCUUCCGGCCCCGUUCAUAGAGAAGCUGCUGGCCCCGACAUCUCAGCUGCUGGAGCUGCGCUUUAACCGGGACAAAGAGGUGAUGUCUGCGGCGCUGGGUGUGUACCAGUCCAUCCUGAGUCUGAAGAACAUCCCUGUCCUAGAGGCGGCCUAUAAACUGGUCCUGGGGGAGAUGGCCUGUGGCCUGUCCAGCCUGCUGACCCACCUGGGCCUCCACGCCCCCCCAGAGACCCCCGCCUCCAGCAUCCAUCACCCCGCCUUCGCCCCCGUCAUGCUGACCCCCGAGAGGGCAGAGUUCACACUCAUCUUCGACCUCUCGGCCCUUACCACCAUUGGCAACACCAAGAACUCGCUCAUCGGGAUGUGGGCUCUGUCUCCGACUGUGUUUGCCUUGUUGAGCCAGAACCUGACGUUUGUCCACUCUGACCUGGCCGUCCACCACCCUGCUGUCCAAUACGCUGUCCUGUACACACUGUACUCUCACUGUACCAGACACGAUCACUUCAUCUCCUCCAGCUUGUCCUCCUCUUCUCCGUCCCUCUUCGACGGCGCCGUCAUCAGCACGGUAACCACAGCAACCAAGAAACACUUCAGCACCCUGCUCUGUCUGCUGGGGACCCUGCUGAGCAAGGAGCACCUCUACACGGAGGCCAGGAAGCUGUUGCUGACGUGGUCUCUGGAGGUGUGUCUGAUGAUGAAGAGGUCGGACACCUAUGCCCCCCUCUUCUCCCUGGCCUCCUUCAGCAAGUUCUGCAAGGGCCUGCUCCACAACGCCCUGAAUGAAGACCCAGCCAUCUGCCUCCAGACCUGUAACAGCCUCCAAGUUCUGUCCUCAUCACUCAGUACGGAGCUACUGCAGAGGUGUGUGGAUGUCUGCCGUGUUCAGCUGGUUCACUCUGUGGUGAGGGUGAGGCAGGCCUAUGGAAAGCUGCUCAGGACAAUCCCUCUGGACAUAUCACUCAGUAACCACAGCCACCCAGAGAUUGGGGAGAUCUCCCUGGCCGUACGACGUCACAUGUGCCGUCCCCCAGGCAGCACCUUCCACCCCCAGGACUUCAGCGACCUGAUCAGCUUCAUCUUGUACGGUGCCCUGCACCGCGGAGGGAAGGAGCCCUGGCUGGAGCGCCUGUACCACAGCUGCCAGAGGCUGGAGCGACGCGAGGGGGGAGCCGGUUCGUCCGGCGGGGGCACGUGUGUCCCGCGGGGCCUGUUGAAGAACGAGGCGGUGCUGUGGCAGUGGGCGGUUUGGGAGGCGGCCCAGUUCACUGUGCUGUCCAAACUCCGCACACCGCUCGGCCGAGCACAGGACACCUUCCAGACCAUCGAGGGCAUAAUCAGAAGCCUGGCUGCCCACAGUCUCAACACGGACCAGGAGCUCAGCCAAUGGAGCGCGGCAGACACGGACGAUGGUCACCACAGCAACCAGCUGCGCCUGGCGUUGCUCCUGCAGUUCCUGGAGAACCUGGAGAAGCUGAUGUACAACGCCUACGAGGGCUGUGCGAACGCCCUGACGGCCCCGCCCAAGGGCAUCAGAACAUUCUUCUACACUAACCGUCAGACAUGCCAGGAUUGGUUAACUCGUAUUCGCCUGGCGCUGAUGAGGGUGGGGCUUCUGUCUGGCCAACCGGCGGUCACCGUCCGCCAUGGCUUCGAUCUGCUCACAGAGAUCAAGAACAGCAGCGCCCAGGGUCCAGAGCUGGAGGUUCCCCUGAUGAUGUUGGUGGAGGCUCUCUGUGAGCUGCGCUGCCCUGAGGCCAUUCAGGGUUUAGCAGCCUGGAGUCUCACCAACACUGGCAAGAGUCUGGCCUGGCUCACUUCUGUAGCACUGCAGGCAGAAGGAAGGUUUGAGAAGGCCGCAGUAGAGUACCAGGAGCAGCUCUGUGCUGUGACGGGGAUGGACUGUUCCAUCAAGGGCUUUGACCGCUCCCUCCUCAAACUGGCCGGGGCCUCCAGCUCCAACACCGCCAGCCCUAAACACACCAGCAACGGGGAUGGUAGGAGGACUGUUCUCCUCAAAUCCAGCGAGUGUUCCCCAGAUGUUCUGAACCUCCUGGCCAAUAAGGCGUGCCAGUGCUAUGUGGCCCUCUGUGAUUGGUCCUCAGUGCAGGAGUGGCAGGCUAGCAUUCAAGCCCUCAAGAAGAACUCCAGUAACCCAGCAACGGCGAACGUGCACCUGAAGACCGACUUCAACUACGUGCGUGCUCUGAGCCGCUUCGAGGACGGCGACUUCCCAGAAUGCCGUGCUCAGCUGGAGCUCCUGGCAGGAGAGCGGGUGGACUUUGGCCCCCCCAACUCCACUCCAGGCUCCAAGGAUAAACUAGACCUGAAGCGUCUCCUCCCGGCCGUCUUGAGCCCCGGCCCGUCUGAACUGCAAAAGGCCAUCGAGGUGCAGCUGCUCCGAUGCGCCGUAGCGACAAUCACCGCAGCCAAUCACGAGCAGGAACAGAAGGUCACGCCCACAUCCGACACGCUGGUUCGGUACCUGAAGCAGACGGGUCGAAUCUCCCUGGGUCCGCUCCGUCUCUCCACGCUCGCCCUCUCGGACGGGCUUCCCACCCUGCCCUCCCUGCAGCUGCACUGCUGCUCCGCCAUGGAGAACUCCGUCAGUGGCCAGGAGGACUGUCUGAUCCCCCUGUACAGCGAGGCUCUCAGCAGGUGUAAACAGCAGGAUGUCCAGCCGUGGCUCCACGCCCUCAGAUACACCAUCUACCAGAGACAGCUACUGCUCAAGCUCAAAGGCUCCUCUGUCCUGGUGGACGGUCACCUAAUGGAACUGUGUCUGACGGCUGUCAAGUUUGCCCGGAAACAAGGCAACAUCGCCCUGGCAACGCGGCUGCUGGGCCAGUGUAGCAAGGAUGAGGAUGAAAACGAUGACGAAGGAGGAGAGGAAGGGCUGAACCGAGCCUUCAGGCGUUUAACGCUUGAGGGAGUUGUGGGGGAGAAAUGGGGGCCGGAACUACAAAUAGAAAAGGCUAAAGUUCUCUGCUCUGCUGGUCAGUCCCUGGCGGCCAUGGAGAUGCUGAGCUCCUGUGCUCUGUCUUACUGUCGCUCAGGGAAGUGUGAGCGCGCCGCCUGUCGCUCCGUCCUCACUCUUUGUAAGUGGCUGCUGGCAGACUGGAAGGACCUGACCCCGCAGCUCAAACAGGUGGUGAAGAGGUCAGUAGUUGUGACCCCAGCGACUGCUGCCCUGCCCCCCCUCUGUCGUAACAUCACAGCUCUCCUGGAGCUUCCCCUGGAGGACCAGGGAAUGACCCGGAUCACUGCCGAGACCACAGUGAGUGUCGGUGUCGGCGAAGCGGACUUCGUCCUGGGCCAGCUCUACCAGCUGUCCACCAGUCAGGCUCCGGAUGUGGCCAAGUCCUGGGCCGCCCUCGCCAGCUGGGCCUAUCGCUGGGGGCGGAAGGUGGUCGACAACGCCAGUCAAGGAGAAGGGGUGCCCCUUCUCCCAGGAGAGAAGAAGGAGAUUGAGGAGCUUCUCCCAGAAUGCACCAGUGAGGAGGAUAAGGAGAGCAUCUUCAGCAUCCUGGGUCAGGCCAUGUGUAGACCUGCAGGAAUACAGGAUGAAGACCUGGCCCUUCAGCAGGACGAUGAGGAGGAUGACAUGGUGGAUGUGAUCUGGAGGCAACUGCUUUCGGCCUGUCCCUGGCUGGGCCAGCUGGAGCCGGGGCCCGCCGAGCCCCAGGGUGGGGUGACGGACGGUCUGAUCCGGGUCUGGAGGAGGGUGGUGGACCGGAUCUUCAGUCUGUACCGCGUCUCCUGCCGGGCCUACUUCACCUUCCUCAAACUCAACGCGGGACAGGUGCCUGUGGAUGAGGACGACCCCAAGCUGCUGCUGACCAGUCAGAGCAGCAAGCAGAGCAACGAUGACGUCAUCGUCAUGGCAACGCUGCGGUUGCUGCGGCUGCUGGUGAAGCAUGCCGGUGAGCUGAGGGAGGGGCUCGAGCUUGGCCUCGCCUCCACCCCCACCGCCCCCUGGAGAGGCAUCAUCCCCCAGUUGUUUUCCCGUCUGAACCACCCAGAGGCCUACAUCAGACAGAGCAUCUGCAGCCUGCUGUGUCGCGUGGCGCACGACUCCCCGCACCUCAUCCUGUACCCCGCUAUUGUGGGGUCGCUCUCCCUCGGAGGGGAGGCACAAAACGCAGGCAACAAGCUCCCGUCGGCCCUACCCACCUUCCUAGGCAGCAUGCAGGAGGAUGGACUAUGUGAGGAAGGGGAGGAGCCAUUGGGCAGUAACCCCACCUCCCAGGAGGAGGAUGGGCAGGGGGAGGAGUUUCCUGCUCUGUGUUCUAGCCAGGACCAGGCCAUGAUGCACGACUGCUACAGCAAGAUAGUGGACAAACUGUCUGCAGCCAACCCCACUAUGGUGUUACAGGUCCAGAUGUUGGUGGGGGAGCUGAGGCGUGUCACUCUGCUCUGGGAUGAGUUGUGGCUGGGCGUCCUACAGCAGCAGCACAUGCACGUCCUGCGCAGGAUUCAGCAGCUGGAGGAUGAGGUCAAGAGGGUUCAGAACAACAACACGCUACGCAAGGAGGAGAAGGUGGCCAUCAUGCGGGAGAAGCACUCGGCACUGAUGCGUCCCGUGGUGUUUGCCCUGGACCACGUGAGGAGCAUCACCGCGGCAACGGCCGAGACACCACACGAGACUUGGUUCCAACAGACCUACGGGGACGCCAUCACCGCGGCGCUGGAGAGACUGAAGAGCCCCCACAACCCGGCCAACCCAGCCAGCAGCUGGAUCCCUUUCAAACAGAUAAUGUUGAGUCUGCAGCAGAGAGCUCAGAAGAGGGCGAGCUACCUGCUCCGCCUGGAUGAGAUCAGCCCCCGCCUAGCUGCCAUGACGGCCACGGAGAUGGCGUUGCCGGGCGAGGUGUCUGCGACCGACGCCUUGACCAUCCAGAGCGUGGGCAACACCAUCUCCAUCCUGCCCACCAAGACCAAGCCCAAGAAACUCCACUUCCUGGGCUCUGAUGGACGCAACUACCCCUACCUCUUCAAAGGUCUGGAGGACCUCCAUCUAGAUGAACGCAUCAUGCAGUUCCUGUCUAUAGUCAACACCAUGUUCACCAAGGUCAACCAACAGGAGUACCCCCACUUCCACGCCCGUCACUACUCCGUCACCCCACUGGGCACUCGCUCAGGCCUCAUCCAGUGGGUGGACGGGGCCACUCCUCUGUUUGGCCUCUACAAGCGCUGGCAGCAGAGAGAGGCUGUACUGCAGGCGCAGAAGGCUCAGGAUUCGUUCCAGCCUCAGCCACUCCCUCUGGUGCCACGCCCCAGUGAGCUCUACUACAGCAAGAUUGGCCCCGCCCUGAAGGCGGUGGGGCUCAGCCUGGAAGUGUCGCGACGUGACUGGCCGCUCAGUGUGAUGAGGGACGUGCUUAAGGAGCUGAUGGAGGCCACUCCCCCCAAUCUUCUCGCCAAAGAGCUGUGGUGUUCCUGCACUACACCCAGCGAGUGGUGGAGGGUCACACAGUCCUACGCCAGGUCCACCGCCGUGAUGUCCAUGGUGGGUUACAUCAUCGGCCUCGGCGACCGCCACCUUGACAACGUGCUGAUUGACAUGACAACAGGAGAGGUGGUGCACAUUGACUACAACGUGUGCUUUGAGAAAGGGAAAAGCCUGCGAGUGCCGGAGAAGGUUCCGUUCCGUAUGACUCACAACAUCGAGGCAGCCCUCGGCGUGACCGGGGUUGAGGGCGUCUUCAGACUCUCCUGUGAACAGGUGGUUCAGAUGAUGCGUCGUGGGCGGGAGACCUUGCUGACCCUGCUGGAGGCCUUUGUGUACGACCCGCUGGUUGACUGGACAGCCGGAGGGGAGGUGGGGUUCGCCGGCGCUGUGUAUGGAGGAGGAGGUCAGCAGGCCGAGAACAAGCAGAGCAAGAGAGAGAUGGAGAGAGACAUCACACGCUCCCUGUUCUCCUCCCGCGUCGCUGAGAUUAAGGUGAACUGGUUUAAGAACCGUGAUGAGAUGCUGGCGGUCCUGCCCCAGGUGGAGGCCGCGGUGGAGGAGUACCUCAACUUGCUGGAGCUGCUCUGCCAGGGGGAGCAGAUGAUCACCAAGCUGCAGGAGGAGAAGAGCUUCCUGGAGGGGGCGGAAAGCCGCUCAGACCACCUCAUACUCACCCUGGAGCAGAGGUACUCUGAACACACCCAGCUGGCGUCUCGUCAGCGGACGGUCCAGGAGUUGAUCCAGGGCAAACAAGCCGACCUGGACCAGUGGAUGUCCCAGUACCGGGCCGCCUUCUCCAGCCUGGAGGCCACCCAGCUGGCCAGCCUGCUGCAGGACAUCAGCAGCCCCAUCGACCUGGGCCCUCCCAGCUACGUCCCGGCAACCGCCUUCCUGCAGAACGCCGGCCAGGCCCACCUUAUCAGCCAGUGCGAAAGCCUGGAGGCAGAGGUGAGCUCCCUGCUGCAGCAGCGCCGUGGGGCCCUGCGGAGCUGCCUGGAGCAGCUGCACAGCUACGCCACCGUGGCCCUGCUGUACCCACGGGCCGUGCUGCUGCGCCACAGGGCCCAUCUCUGGAAACAGUGGAUGGAGGAGCUCCUGUGUGACAUGACCAUGGACCGCUGCCAGCUCAUCUACCGGCAGUAUGAGGUCCAGUUUGCCCCCCAGCCUUCCCCGGUGCUGUGUCAGUUCCUGUCCAGUGUGGAGCUGGCCCUUCAGCACCAGGCUGCUGACACCAACACGCGUGUCCUGCGCCAGGCGGACCGGGUCAAGGCCGAGGGGGCCACGGCGCACGCGUGUGAGGAGCAGCUGCAGGAGAUCGAGCGCUGCAUUGCCGUCUUCCUCCACGAGAACCCCGAACAGGGCUCCCUCGGCCUGGCAGCCAUCAUCGCCUCAGCCCUGUGUGCUCUGACCAGGCGUAACCUGGUGAUGGAGGGGGCGGCGGCCGCGGCGGGGGAGCAGCUGGUGGAGCUGACGUCUCGCGACGGGGCCUGGUUCCUGGAGGAGCUGUGUUCCAUGAGUGGCAACGUCACCUCAUUGGUCCAACUGCUGGGCCGCUGUCAGCUCCUCCCACAUGACCUGGACCUGCCGUCGCCCCAGGAAACCGCCCAGGCAGUCUACCUGGCCAACGCCGUCUACACCUGUCUGCAGGAGCUGAACACCAACUUCCGUCAGAUCAUCUUCCCCGAGGCCCUGCGCUGCAUGUUGAAGGGGGAGGUCACCCUGGAGGCCAUGCUGUCGGAGCUGGACCUCCUGGUGGAGCAGUGUGCGGACGGGGUCUCCCUCCAGGGGCUGGCCGAGGCCCUUCACGCCCACCUGGGCAGCGCUGCCAUGGGCCUGGACCAUGAGGCGGACACGCACUGCCUCCACGUCACAAGGAUGUUGCGGGCCCAGUACUCUGAGCUGAUCCAGCCUCGGGGCAGUCUGGACGGGACAGGGCGGGACACGCCCAAGAUGUCCGCUGGUCAGAUGCUGCUGGUGGCUUUCGACGGGAUGUUCGCCCAGCUGGAAACGGCCUUUGGACAGCUCACCGAGAAGUUGGGUUCCAUGGAGAUUCCGUCGGCCUGGCGCAAGGUGGACGUGAUGCGUGAGGCCCGGUCUGCCCAGGCGCAUUUCUUUGACAGCGGUCCUCACAGGCACGUCCUGGAAGAGAUCUUCUUCCUCAACCGACUCCACACCAUCCGGGAGUUCUUCAGGCUCUGUGGGUCCUACGCCCAGACGCUCUCCGGGACGUGCCCCCCAGCCAUCGAAGACCAGCCUCCCUCCAAUGGCCCCGUGGCAGUCGGCGGCCUGGCCGGGAAGCCCCUGUUCCGGGUUGCGGCGGGCGCGGCGCCCAGCGUGGUUGUGAGCGAGGAGCAGAUGACACGGCCCAUCAAGGCGUUCACAGCCGAGUUUGUGCGUCAGUUGCUGAUGGGUCUGCCCACCCAGGCUCUGGGCCUGGCGCUGUGCAGUACCCUGUCUGCCCUCGGGCUGGACCUCAUAGCGCAGGUGGAGGCCAAGGACUUCGGGGCGGACGGCAAGGUGUCGUUAGACGAGCUAUGUAAGAAGACCUUGGAACAGGGUCUGGCUGCUGGCCGGCUGUCUCAGCUGCUGCUGAACAGGGCCACGGUGCUGGCCUCCUCCUACGACGCUGCCUGGAAGAAGCUGGACAUGCUCCAGCGCCUGGAGGCCAGCCUGGAUGCUGCCAAGGUGUCCCUGCAACGCACCCAGCUACACAUCGCCAUGUUCCAGUGGCAGCAUGAGGAUGUUCUAGGACCCAGGACCCAGCCUAUGAGUGUGACUCCUCCUCCUCGCUCCAUCAUCCUCAGCAGCAUGAAGAAGAAGCUUUACAAACUCAGCCAGGACGAGGCGGCCAUUGCUGCUGUACAGGAGAAGCUGGCGUCUCUAGAGGGCAGUAUCGAGCAGCGUCUGAAGUGGGCCGGAGGGGCCAACCCUGCCCUGGCCCCGGUGCUGCAGGACUUUGAGCUGACCAUGGCGGAGCGCCGCACCCUCGUUGCCAGGGAGAACCAGCGCACCAGCCAGGUGACCUUCUUGUGCAGCACCAUUCUGAACUUCGAGGGUCUGAGGACACGGACCCCAGAGGCCCUGAGCAUGGACACCGCCCUGUUUGACCUUCUGAAGAGGUGCCAGCAGACCUGCUCUUACGCCGCCCAGUUCAACACCACCGUCUCCCCCAUAGAGUUACAGCUGCUGAACAGACUGAGCCCGGCGUUGGAGCUUCCCAUCGGCAGCCCCGAUUGGCUGGCCUGCGCCCAGAAGCUGUUGGAGCAGGAGCUGGCCUCCCAGGGGGCUGUGCAGGAGGAGCGCGAGCAGCAGCUGGAUGCGGCCACCGAGACGCUGCAGCUGUUGGUGGACGCCAUCAAGGGAAUCCUGUCCAGUCACAACCGCCAGCUGGCCGACGUCAAACAUCUGCUCAGGGCCAUGGCCAAGGACGAAGAGAACACGUUGGCCGAGGGGGAGGACGUGAUCUACGAGGGCAGCGUGCGCCAGUUUCUGUCGGAAUACAAGGCUUGGCAGGACAACGUGCAGAUUGUGCUGUUCACCGUCGUCCAGGCAACUGGCCAGCUCCGAGGGGGAGGGGCCAAUCAGGAGGGGGUGGAGCUGCUGCAGGAAAUACCUGGCACCCUUAAGGAGCUACACACGCAGAGCCAGAAUGUGUAUAACGGUCUGGUGAGCUUUGCAUCUCCGUUGGUGACGGAAAGAGGCGGAGACUGUUCCAGUCCCACCUCUGCAGGUCAGACGAGCUUCGCUGCAGCAGUAAGAUGCAGCGGUGUGAAGACUCAGCCUGACUCCAUGUCCCAGAAUGCACGCAAGCCCCUCCCCCGUAACAUUGCCACCCCAGCGGACACGCCUCCCAGUGCUCAGAUGAUGAACAGCAAGGGUCUGAAUCCCAGCCCUAAACGUGCUGUACGUGACCCAAAGACGGGACGAGCGGUCCAGGAGAGGAACUCGUACGCGGUGAGCGUGUGGAAGAGGGUGAAGGCCAAGUUGGAGGGACGAGAUGUGGACCCCAACAGGAGAAUGAGCGUCACUGAGCAGGUGGACUACGUGAUCAAGGAGGCCACCAGCGUGGACAACCUGUCCCAGCUGUACGAGGGCUGGACGGCCUGGGUGUGAGCGGAGUCGGCCUGAGGUGCACCUCUUUGGUCCCCAGGACACAGAGCCUCGCUGAGGGAGGGGUUAGACAUCCAACCGGACCACCAGACACCCAGACACGUUCCAUGACCCGCUGCUCACCUGUUCCCACGGGGGUUAGGUGUGUCUGUCUGGGCCUGGCUGGCUGGCGAAGGAAGGACGGCGGCCACGGCAGUGUUGCACACUGGUGGGGAGGGAAGGGAGGGGGAGAAGGGGAGGGGGGGACCAUUUAGAUACCCCCCUCCCCCCUGUAUUACCUCCCAGGGGCCCGUCGUGGGACUCCGUACCCCUGUAAUAAUGGCGGCUUUAGCGCUGUCUGGUCUGUCUCAGCCCGACCGGCUGAUUGGCUGGCAGAAUCCCCAAUCCCACCCAACUGUCUCAGCCUGACCGGCUGAUUGGCUGGCAGAAACCCCAGUCCAACCCAACCUGCCACAUGGCAAUGGACUCGGCUAGCUCAACACAACCCGGCAAAGGGGUCACUCUGCGGCCUUCAUGGGGGUCACUGUGCAGUCUUCUGUUCCGCGGUUGUUCUGCAACCCGACCUGACCGUCCUGUCUGUAUGGGGGCGGGAGCUGUUUAGGAACGGGGAGGGGGGCGGUGGAAUCGGGCCGGCGUCAUGAUAAAUCCCUCAAUCUCUACCCUGUCUUCAAAACAUCCUCGCCUGCCCUCCACAUCACCCGACCUCCACAGACCUCUUCACGGAUGAGAAACCCCCCCCCACCCCACUGUUGAUUUGAGAAAACUCUUGCCUGAUUGGUUCGCUCACGUGGGGGGGGGGGGGUUGGCAGAGGCGUGCACCGGAAACGGGCCGGCGCGGUGUUCACGGGCACCCGACGGAUUCAUCGCUCUAGUCUCGCCCGCUUUAACAGCUGAGCCGGUGUAACCUCGUUCAGGGGUGCAGGGAGAUGUCAGAUUUGCCCGGGGUCGUCUGCAGAGCUCAUUGGCUGCUCUUGUUUUUGAAGGAAUCUCUUCCCGGAUGGGGGUUAUUCUGAUUGGCCAGCUGCUUAGCUGCGUGCGUUGUGCUUGGGCAGGGGUCACAUGGGCAGGGGUCACAUGGGCAGGGGUCACAUGGGCAGGGGAGAAUCUAUACGUGUAAUGGACUCCAUCUGAACCCUGAGAAGGGAAGUAUUAUUUCAGGAUUUAGGACCGUGUGAAUCAGACUUUGUUGUCUCAUAAUACACGUUUAUCAUGACCUUAAGAUGAAAAUGUAUGCUUAUUUUACACCUCCUUUGAAAAAACGUGUCGCAAAAACUUGUCAUUAAAAAUAGAUUGUCUAAUGGAGAUGGGUUUUUUUUUUUUUUCUUUGGAUAAGAUUUACUGUUGGUUUCUUUUCCUACUGUGUUUCGGCACUAGUGAUGUCACACAUUGAUCUCAUUGGCUGGGUGGGUGGAUGGGUUUUCUUUCAGGGUUGACUGAAAAGACAACAGUGGGCAAAAUGAUGGAUAAUUAUCUGAAAAGCGACUGAUUGCUCACCCCGUCUCCUAUCCACUUCACUACUUUGGUCAAGCGUCCUUGCUGGUUCGUGGAGAAGCAGAGCCCUAAAUGGAGGACCUUGCACAGUUUGUGAUACAAACUUUGACCUGAGAGGGAAAUAUUUAAAAAAAAAUCUCAAGUGUGCAUCUUUAUUCAUCUGUUGUAUUGUAGGUUUCUCUCCUUAUCCCUUGUUUAUUAACAAAAAAAAAACAUUUAUGCUAGAUUGUUGCCCUUUUUUUGACGUGUUUGAUGCUAGCAAUUGUUUCUAUCUCCCUAUAUGUAUAGACAACUCCGUAUAGCUUGGCAUUUUACUGGUCUUUACUUACCUUCCAGUUUUACCUUUUUAGUGAGAGGAACGGAUAACAUAGGUAAACAGAAUAGAUGUUUUUGGUGAUGGUAACAAACUGUUCAUUCUUAAAAGAUUUUAUUGGUUUUUGUUUGAAAUAAACUUAGAUUUAAAUAGA